AUGGACUUGAGUCGUGUACAUUUCACAAUUUGCUUUCAAGCUACAAGAGUCCACUGUCGAACUCCAUCAUUUUCUGUCAUGGCAUUACCAUCAACAACAACCCCUUAUACGGCUCUAGACACUCUUGAAAAUGGCGUCAAAGCUCCAUUGUCUUAUAAUCAGAUAGUAAAUCCUUGUGUCCUUAGUUGGUAUAAUCUUAGUUAUAUUGUAUCAUGUCCAAAAACAGUCGAGACGUCAACAGGAAAGAAAAGUAUCUUGGAUAAUGUCAGUGGUCGAUGUGCACCGGGUGAACUUACGGCCAUUAUGGGUCCGUCUGGAUCUGGCAAGACAACGCUCGUGGACCUAUUAGCCGAUCGAAUUAGUUCUGGACAAAUUACGGGUGACAUGGAACUCAAUGGCGAAAUUCGUGUGACAAAGACAUUUCGUGCUAUAACGAGUUACGUGGCUCAAGAGGAUUCAUUGCUUGGGUCUUUUACCGUGCUGGAAACCAUGCGCAUGGCUGCGAAACUCAGUUUACCCAAUACUGUGACGUCCAACGAGAUUGAGAGUCGUAUUGAUGAUGUAGUAGAGGCCAUGGGUCUCGGGACGUGUCGUCACACUUUGGUGGGCGAUAUUUUCCGUAAGGGGUUAUCAGGUGGUCAAAAACGGCGACUUAGUAUCGCUAUCGAGUUGCUAUCAAACCCGAGCAUCUUGAUUCUCGAUGAACCGACUAGUGGUCUCGAUUCUAGUGCCACAUAUAAUGUCAUGAAAUUCAUUGUCAAGCUCUGCACUGAAGGCAAAACCGUUGUGUGUACGAUCCAUCAGCCAUCGUCGCUAGUCUAUGACAUGUUUACGAACGUUAUUGUGCUUUCAGCCGGUCAGACCGUGUACUGCGGUCCUCGCGUCAACAUGAUUUCACACUUUGCAUCACUAGGCCACGAUUGUCCGCAGUAUAUGAACCCGGCCGAGUACUUUAUUAGUCUCGUGAAUACGGACUUUGAAGACCACGCAGACGUGACCAAGCUCGUGCGCUUGUACGCACAGAGUGAGAGCCACAAGGAACUGACCAACAAGAUUGAAAGCGAUCGCAAGACGCUGCAGCAUUUGUCGGAUAUUACGCAGCCUUCGCCGUCGUCAUUACGGCAGUUCAGUGUCCUCAUGUAUCGCAACACUUUGAACAACAUUCGCAACCCCGGUAUUUACUGGAUCCGAUUGUUCAUGUACUUUUGCCUGAGCUUCAUGGUCGGUACCAUGUAUUUGAGCACAAAUGAUGAACUGAGCGAGGAAGAUCUGGUGCCGCUGCUGUUCUACAUACAGGCGUUCCUGGUGUUCAUGUCGGUGGCAGUAUUACCGUUUUUCAUUGAGCAGCGGGCUGUAUUUGCUCGUGAACGUGCCAACAGUUCUCUGAGUGUGAUGAGCUAUGUGUGCGCCAACUUUUUGGCGACACUGCCAGGUAUUUUCUUGAUCGCGGCCAUGUCGACGGCGUUGGUGGUGCUACUGGCGGGUCUCAAUGCGAUCGAAUACUUUCUAUUGAAUCUUUUCUUGUCGCUGGUGGUGUCAGAGUCAAUGAUGCACGUGAUUGGAGCUGCCGUGCCGCAUUACAUUAUCGGUAUCGCAUUGGGUGCUGGUGUGUUCGGUAUGUUUAUGUUGUGCGAAGGUUUCAUGGUUCCUCGCGACUCGAUCCCAACUUACUGGAUUUGGGGGUACUACUUGGCGUUCCAUACGUACUCGUUCGAGUCUUUUGUAUUCAAGCAGUUUGAGAAUGAGACGUCGAUCGAGGCGAAGGCUAUUCUGACAAAAUACGGCAUGGAGAACGUGGAUGUAUCACGUGAUAUGCUGUUGUUGGUCGUGUAUAUUGUAGCCUUCCAGGCUAUCUUUGCAUUGAUUCUGUGGAAGUUCCAUACCGGUCGCCGUUGA